GCCGUGCGUCCGUGACCUCUGACCUCCGUCCUCUGUACCUCAGCCUUCCGCCAGGUCUCCCAUGGCCUCCAGAUGUCGUCCAUGAAGAAACGACGGUCCACAGACGAAGAGGUCUUCUGUUUGCCCAUCAAGGGCAGGGAGAUCUACGAGAUCCUGGUGAAGAUCAAGGAGUCUCUGGAGCUCAUGCAGUUCCUGCCCCAGCACACCAUCGAGUCGUACCGCCAGCAGCAGCAGAACCUCCUGCAGAAACAGCCCUCCAUGACGCCCCAGCAGUCGUACGGGUCCCAGUCCCCCCCCCACGGGAAGGUGAACAAGCUGCCCUCCGUCAGCCAGCUGAUCAACCCCCAGCAGCGUAACACCAUCACCCCCUCCGGGAUGGGCUCCGGCCUCACUGACAUGACGCCCAUGAUGGGCACUCACCUGCCAAUGAGCGGGGACCUGAGCUCGCUCAGCCCCUCCCACGGCCUGCAGCCCCAGCUGCCCAUGGUCCCGUCCUCCCACUGCACCCCCCCCCCACCGUACCCCAUGGACAGCAGCAUCGCCAGCUUCCUCCUGCGUCUGGGCUGUUCAGGCUGCCUGGACUACUUCUCAGCUCAGGGCCUAACCAACAUCUACCAGAUUGAGAACUACAACAUGGAGGACCUCUCCAGACUGAAGAUCCCCCCAGACUACCAGCACCUCAUCUGGAAGGGCAUCAUGGAGCACCGGCAGAACAUGGACUUCUCCCCGCCGCCCCACAUCCUGCGGAGCGCCUCCGGGGCGUCUACGGUCAGCCUGGGCUCCUCUGAGGCGCGCGGCGAGCGCGUCAUCGACGCCGUGCGCUUCACGCUGCGCCAGACCAUCUCCUUCCCCCCGCGGGACGAGUGGUCCGACUUCUCCUUCGACCUCGACUCCCGCCGCAACAAGCAGCAGCGCAUCAAGGAGGAGGGGGAAUGAACGGACCAUUUGUUUACAUGCACCCGCCCCCCUGACCCUUGACCCCCUGCUGACACCCCCCCCGACCCCCCCCCCCCCCCCCCGGGCCGCCAUUUCAGUUCAACCCGCUGAAACAUUUCAAUUGAAAUCUCCGGUGUUUUCGCCGUUGCGUCGCGGAGAGCCGGACACUUUGUUUUAAAAAGAGGUACAGAUCAAAAGUGCACUUAAGGUCUUGAGUGUGGGGGCUCGGCCGGUCGCCUGGAGAGGCGCGCGUUCGAGUCCCGCGUGCAUUUGCUUAAGGGUUCGCCUCGCUCGAAAGAGAGAGAGCACUUAGGGAAUGCUGCGAACGGUUUUUUAUAUCGUCAUUUUUUUUUUUUUGUCGUCUUUGUUUUUUUUGUUUUUAUAUACGUCAGAUAUGGUCUUAAUACUUUCCAAUGUAAAGCAGGACCGCACGUGGAUCUUGCGUGCGAAGGGCUUCUGGGUCGUUGGGUUUCGUAGUCUCUGUUAGAGCCUUCCCAGGCUAAAGCGUUCACCCUCUGACCGCCCCGAGGUCGGACUGUAAACAUUUCAAGAGUCUUCUUCUCACCAAAGUGUUAUGAUGACCUGCUCCCCAGAGCUCCCCAGGCUCCUCUUGCAGCUCUCGCUUCUGCUGUUAGCCUCGCGCCCGCUUCUGUUUGUUUCUGUCUCAGCUACGUGCUAAGAGCGACGUGCUACGUGUUACGGGCUGCAUGCUAGGAGCUAUGUGCUAGGAGCUACGUGCUACGUGUGUGUGUGGGAUUCCCAAGUAUUCCGGUUCAGGAUCCAUCCUUCCUCCUAUAUCCUUCUUGUCAGUGUUGCAGGUGUACUGAACUGAUGUCUGUGUUUCCAUCGAUCAAAAGGUGCCUGGCAUCGAAUCUUUGUUUACUACGUUUUUAAGGACCGUAUAGUUUUGGUAAGGGUUUAUGUUUGAUAGUUAGCCAAAACAUUUGAUAUCAUGUAUAUACAUUUGUAUAGCUAUUUUCUUGAACAAACCUAAAGAAAAUACUUGAUAAGCCCAAUGCCAUAUGGAUGUGAAUACAGCGGUACCAUCGGAACUAAUGUUUGUAUUAAUCGACAGUUAUACAUAUGUACCCUUUACCAGCAUGAUGUGCCAAGUAGCAUUGUUAAAGCCUUAGAAAGCAUCUGCCAUUUCAUAUUUUUGUACAAUAUAUUGUAAAUAUGUUGCAAGUGGGCUUUUGUGAUAUAAAUCCAAAAUAAAUAUACAUACUAAAUGCA